AAGGCCUCGUUAGGACAAACUAGCAAGUCUUGCUCCCUUGGGAUGGUAAAGCUUGCACCUGUGGUGUGGAAAGAAUUCGUUUGGAAGAGAGAAAAAGUGGUGAGGGCUCCCCUUCCACUUCUGCAGCCCGAGACCAGAAAGUAGAAGGCUUAAGAAAGAAGAGGUUUCUGACACCGUUGCUUGAACUGGCUUCAGAUUGCAGAAUUUGAUGCUUUUUAGUUGCACGCAGCAAUGCUUUCUGAGUCUGUCACUGUUACAGUGAUUAACUGCAACUUUUGCAUAAAAGACCUGCUCCUAGGGCUAGCUGAACUAUUGCAUCCUGCAGUAUGAAUUGGAAGUCUCAAGUGUUGUGCAUGUACUGGUUCGGUAUUUCUUCCUAAUUUCCUCUUGCGAUGUGUUGCCUUGCUUUUCUGGGCAUGCUCUUUGAGGUCUUCAGCACUGCGGUUUCAUCCAGUUCUUGGAAGUCUUGCUUGUCUCAUCCGUAGUGUGUACUGUUAAUGUCGUAUCCCUGAUUGAUAGCCACUUCUUUGAAACUACACUUCUGCACCAACCAUACAACUCUCUGCUGCUUGUGGUGCUCGUAAGCGCUGGGACAGCCAUCCAACUGGAGCUACCCAAGGUCUCAACCCCGCAAGAGCUUGUUCCUUUUGGAGGAUGGUUUAUUCCAUGGUGUAGCAGAGGUUUAUCUAAUUUGGAACGAGACUCGGUGCUAACUACUGAAGGACGUAGAGUGAGGAUUCGAGGAAAGUAUGGGAAGAGACUUUGGAAUUACUUGCUACAUCUGAAGCACAAGAUUUCUUCGCAAUGGACAAGCCAUUAGUGGAGUCACCCUGCAUUAAAGAUACUUGCUGAAGGAGUUGGAUAAAUUCCUUGAGGGGGAAAAGGAAUUCUGGAGUCUGAAGUGAACAGAGAAGGCCAACAAUGACAAGCUACCAAGGAUGACAAACUGGCCCUGCAAGAUGCUGUCAAGAUAGACUCCAGUGCACUCAAUUAGGAAGAAAAUGAUGUGUACUGAGAUGCUACUCUGCCUGGUCACUGUAAUUUUGAAGCAGCAAAAGAGAAGUGUUACAGAGAACCUUGGUUGCUGAUGGAACACAGUAAUUGUGAUGAUGAGGUACAAGAAAAGGAAGUAAGAAUAACAGCUGGUGUCUGAAGUUGUAGUUGCAGAGAUGGACAGAAGGUUCAGGUGCAAGUUCAUCCUAAACUUUCCUCUACUGAAGAUGCGUUACAGUAUGUGGAGGAGUUAAUUCUCCAGUUGUUAAAUAUGUUGUGUCAAGCUCAACCAAGAAGUUUUCUGGAUGUAGAGGAUCGUGUUCAAAAAAGCUUUCCCCAUCCUAUUGAUAAGUGGGCAAUAGCUGAUGCCCAGUCUGCUAUUGAGAAGAGGAAACGAAGAAAUCCGUUAUCUCUCCCAGUAGAAAAAAUCCAUCCCUUAUUAAAGGAAGUUCUAGGCUACAAAAUUGACCACCAAGUAUCUGUUUACAUAGUGGCAGUAUUAGAAUAUAUUUCUGCAGACAUCUUAAAAUUGGUUGGGAAUUACGUGCGGAAUAUAAGACAUUAUGAGAUUACAAAACAAGAUAUUAAAGUGGCAAUGUGUGCUGAUAAGGUAUUAAUGGAUAUGUUCCAUCAAGAUGUAGAAGAUUUAAGUGCACUAACUUUAUCUGAUGAGGAACCCUCUGCCUCAGGGGAGCAAACCUAUUAUGACCUAGUGAAGUCAUUUAUGGCAGAAGUUCGACAAUAUAUAAGGGAACUAAAUCUCAUUAUCAGAGUUUUUAGAGAGCCAUAUGCCUCCAACUCCAAACUAUUUUCAUCUCACGAUGUGGAAAAUAUAUUUAGUCGUAUAUCAGACAUUCAUGAACUUAGUGUGAAGCUAUUGGGUCAUAUAGAAGACACUGUUGAAAUGACAGAUGAAGGUAGUCCUCAUCCGCUAGUAGGCAGCUGUUUUGAAGACAUGGCGGAGGAACUAGCAUUUGAUCCAUAUGAAUCAUAUGCACAAGACAUUUUACGACCUGGUUUUCAUGAUCAUUUUUUAAGUCAAUUGUCAAAGCCAGGAGCAGCAUUUUAUUUACAGUCAAUAGGUGAAGGCUUUAAAGAAGCUGUUCAGUAUGUUCUACCCCGGCUGCUCCUUGCCCCUGUUUACCACUGCCUUCAUUAUUUUGAACUGCUAAAACAAUUGGAAGAAAAAAGUGAGGAUGAAGAGGAUAAAGAGUGCUUAAAGCAAGCAAUAACUGCCCUACUGAAUCUUCAAAGCAGCAUGGAACGGAUAUGCUCCAAAAGUCUUGCAAAACGAAGGCUUAGUGAGUCUGCAUGCCGAUUCUAUACUCAGCAGAUGAAGGGGAAACAGCUAGCAAUUAAGAAAAUGAAUGAAAUCCAGAAAAAUAUUGAUGGCUGGGAGGGUAAGGACAUUGGACAAUGCUGUAAUGAGUUCAUCAUGGAAGGAACGCUCACACGCGUAGGAGCUAAGCACGAGAGACACAUAUUUCUGUUCGAUGGCUUGAUGAUUUGCUGUAAGUCAAAUCACGGCCAGCCAAGACUUCCUGGUGCUAGCAACGCAGAAUAUCGUCUAAAAGAAAAGUUCUUCAUGCGAAAGGUACAAAUCAACGACAAAGACGACACUAAUGAGUACAGACAUGCUUUUGAAAUCAUCUUAAAAGAUGAGAACAGUGUUAUUUUUGCUGCUAAAUCAGCUGAAGAGAAAAACAACUGGAUGGCAGCAUUGAUAUCUUUGCAAUAUAGAAGCACGCUGGAAAGGAUGUUGGAUGUAACAAUGUUGCAGGAAGAAAAAGAGGAGCAGAUGAGAUUUCCAAAUCCUGAGCUUUAUAGAUUUGCGGAGCCCGACUCUGAAGAGAAUAUUGUGUUUGAGGAAAACAUGCAGCCCAAGUCUGGAAUCCCCAUCAUCAAGGCAGGAACUGUUGUCAAGCUCAUCGAGAGGCUGACUUACCACAUGUAUGCAGAUCCCAACUUUGUUCGGACUUUUCUCACAACAUAUAGAUCCUUCUGUAAACCUCAAGAGUUGCUGAGUCUGCUAAUAGAAAGAUUUGAAAUUCCAGAGCCUGAGCCAACAGAAGCUGAUCGUAUUGCUAUGGAGAACGGAGACCAGCCUCUUAGUGCAGAGUUAAAAAGGUUUAGGAAAGAGUACAUUCAACCUGUGCAGCUACGAGUAUUAAACGUAUGUCGACACUGGGUAGAACACCACUUCUAUGACUUUGAAAGAGAUGCUGAUCUUCUGCAACGUUUGGAGGAAUUCAUUGGAACAGUAAGAGGCAAAGCGAUGAAGAAAUGGGUUGAAUCGAUCACAAAGAUAAUCAACCGGAAAAAGCAGGCACAAGCCAUUGGGCCAAGUCACAACAUUACUUUUGAGAGCCCACCUCCGGCAAUUGAAUGGCACAUAAGCAAACCAGGACACACAGAGACUUUUGACUUGCUCACUUUGCAUCCAAUAGAAAUUGCUCGGCAGCUCACUUUACUUGAGUCAGAUUUUUACAGAGCUGUGCAGCCAUCUGAACUAGUUGGAAGUGUGUGGACAAAGGAAGAUAAAGAAAUUAAUUCUCCCAACCUUCUCAAAAUGAUAAGACAUACAACUAACCUCACUUUGUGGUUUGAAAAAUGCAUUGUAGAAACAGAAAACCUAGAGGAAAGAGUAAUUGUAGUGAGCCGGAUAAUUGAGAUCCUGCAAGUUUUUCAAGAGCUAAACAACUUUAAUGGUGUCCUUGAGAUUGUCAGUGCUAUGAACUCCGCAGCAGUGUAUAGGUUGGAUCACACGUUUGAGCAAAUUCCAAGUCGCCAGAAGAAGAUUUUAGAAGAAGCUUAUGAGCUGAGUGAGGAUCAUUAUAAGAAAUACUUGGCAAAACUCAGGUCCAUUAAUCCUCCUUGUGUGCCUUUUUUUGGGAUUUACUUAACUAACAUUCUGAAAACAGAAGAAGGCAACCCUGAAUUUCUAAAGCGACAUGGGAAAGAACUUAUAAACUUCAGCAAGAGAAGAAAGGUAGCUGAAAUAACAGGAGAGAUACAGCAGUACCAGAACCAGCCAUAUUGUUUGAGAGUGGAAUUUGACAUCAGGAGAUUUUUUGAAAACCUGAAUCCAAUGGGAAACAGCAUGGAGACAGAAUUUACAGACUAUCUGUUCAACAAGUCAUUAGAGAUAGAGCCACGAAAUGUCAAGCCUCCACCAAGAUUUCCCAAAAAAUACAGCUAUCCUCUCAAGUCCCCAGGUGUUCGUCCCUCUAAUCCAAGGCCAGGUACCAUGAGACACCCUACACCACUGCAACAGGAGCCAAGGAAAAUUAGCUACAGCCGCAUCCCAGAGAGUGAGACUGAAACUACAGCGUCUGCACCAAACUCUCCUCGAACACCUUUGACCCCUCCCCCUGCUUCUGCUACUUCAAGUAACACAGAUGCCUGCAGUGUGUUUGACUCAGAUCCUUCAAGUCCAUUUCAUGCAAGAUCUGCUUCUGUGUCAUCCAUAAACUUUACCAAAAAUUCAGAUGAAGCUCACGUCCCCCCUCCAGUUCCUCCACGAAGAAGACCAGAGUCUGCCCCAGCUGAAUCCUCCCCAUCAAAAAUCACUUCUGCGCACCUGGACAGCCCACCAGCAAUCCCUCCUAGGCAACCAACCUCUAAAGUGUAUUCACCAAGGUACUCGGUGCCUGACCGGACCUGCAUCUCUGACCCCCCUGAAAGCCCUCCUGUGUUACCACCACGAGAACCUGUGCGAACUCCAGAUGUUUUCUCUAGCUCACCACUACACCUCCAACCUCCACCACUGGGGAGAAAAAGCGAACUUGGUAACACCUUUUUCCCAAACAGUCCAUCACCGUUUACUCCCCCUCCCCCUCAGACACCUUCUCCACAUGUAGCACGGAGGCAUCUUCCAUCACCACCUUUGAUACCGCAAGAUGUGGACCUCCAUUCUGUUGCUGGACCACCUGUUCCUCCACGACAAAGCACUUCUCAACAUAUCCCAAAGCUUCCUCCAAAAACUUACAAAAGGGAGCACACACACCCAUCGAUGCAUCGAGACGGACCACCGUUGCUGGAGAAUGCCCAUUCCUCCUGAACUAUCCCUUGCGCUGGGAGUCGCAUUUUCCUGGUGCUACGUCUGUUGCUGGCAAUGGAUGCACUGAACCUGGUGGUGCCAAGGAGUUGGGAUGUGUACGCCAAACACUAAAAACUCUCCAAUAGAUUGGAAAUACAGUGUACAGAAAUGGAAUUGCAAAAACAGACGUUCUAGUGGAAAAACCGGUUAACUUGCUAUUCUUGUUUUAGUAUGCAGGACAUUGUUCUAAAGUAAUUGGACAACUGAUUGUACCAGAAAACAGACUUGAGGGACUUCUUUGGCCAAUGAGCAGAGACUGUGUUUGUGUAAUGAUCAAUAAUGUCCAGUACAGGAAGGAAAGUCUUGUAUCCAUCAGUUCCUUACAAUGGCACAGUUUUUGGAAUGAAAACAUUAUGCACUUUUUUUAAAUCUCAAACAGGGAACUUUAUAUCCUUCUUAAUUUUCCUUUGCUUUACUCCCUGCUUUAAAAUACCUUCCUAAAAUUGUGAGGACUGUGAGGAAGAUCUGUGGUACCUAACCGAGCUAGGAUUAAGGCCAAGCACUGUAUUGCGGUCCUGUUUACAAGUUGUUACAAUGAGUGGUAGGGGGUACCUAGGCUUCACCAAAGAGGUACUUUAUUAUUAUUUUCUGAAAUAUUAUGGUGCCAGUUCAAAAAUAAAUUUUUGCCAGGAAGCAUAAUGUCUAAUUAUUGCUUUCUUUAGAUAGAGCAGAUGAAAGUCUUACAUCAUUAAGAUGACAGCGAAUUUUUUUUUUUAAAAGCAGCACUAUCAUCCGAAGUGAAUAUACUACUACAUUUAGAAGACUGUUAAUCUCUGCUAGGUUAUGUCACGUUCUUUUUAAGGUUUACUGAUAAUCCAUUUCAUGGCUAGUAGCUAUUCUUUUUCAGUCAUGCCAUGAAAACAGGCACUUGUGAAAAGGAGCACUCACUGGUCAACUUCCAUAGCUAUUGUCAUGUUUUACUAACGAUAGAUUAAUCAGCAUACAUAGAAUUGCCUUGCAGUUGCAUAAAUCAUGUGUAUAUAGUGAACGUUGCAUAAAUAUACUUGCAGAUUGUUUUUAAUUUAAUUGAAAUAAAGAUACAGAUAUGUUUGGCUGACAUACGUUAAAUUAUUACACAGACAAAUGUACAACUCAGUUUUUCAGUUAAGCACUGAAGGGGAUAAAAGCAUGUCUUGUGGUGCAUAUUUUUCCUAGUUCAGUGUAUGUGUUUUAGUAAUAAGAGUCUAAAGAGAAGUCGGUUUUAGCAUGUGUUACAAAGUAAUAAUUUAGUAAUAUUUGAGAAGCUGGGUUACUGCCAAGGUGAAUUAUUAUACGUUAUAAAGUUUCUCACACCUGCUGUAUGACACUUGUUAGAAAAAUUCAGACUUGUAUUAACCUUUGCAGUAGCUUUCUAUGUCCAAAAUACACAUGACGGAACAUGUACUGGUAUAAGUAUCAUGACAUGGAUUAUCCAUAAACCUGUGUACUGCUCUUCAA